AUGGAUAUUCCAAAGGCGCUAAAUUCAUGCAACCAGGGACAAGAACCAUUCUAUCAUAGUGAUCGAUCAGCUUUCACUACAGUUAUUCCAAAUUUUCAAGGAAUCCUUACGAAUAAUGACACGACAAAUAUACAUUUUGGCAACUUUCCGCUUGGUGAAAGUUUUUUCAAUAUUGAACAACCGGUCAAUAGUUUCAAUGUAGCAGAUUUUCAACCCUUGUCUAUCGAGUUCAAUAACACUGUUCCUUUACCACAAAAUGAAUUCUGGAAAGUUCUCCCAUUUGUACCUGCGAGCACAUUUUUUUCGGCUGUAAAUGAUAUCCAAAAUCAACUGAUAAAUCAAAACUCUGCAUUCAACUUGGACAAUGCCACCGAGGCACCUAUCCUUUCUGGUAGUGUUUUCGAAUCACUGUCCCAUGAUAUCACACACACGAUAAUAAACAAUUCUUCUGAAAAUGGGGUUGACUCAAGUGUUUCUGCUGACCCAUUUUUAGCUAUGCCCAUACUCACUCCCAAUAUAAGCUUACCAGUGACACCUGAAAACUUGGAAAUGAAUGAUAUCGAACUUCAGGAGUUUGAACCUGAGGAAGUGAUCGAAAUGCCCACUUCACACCCAGACCAUGCACCCCGAGAAGUGUCUACACAAAAUACUCCUCGAGUAUAUCAAGCAGUCUUAUUUCCAACAAUUCCGAGAAAACGGAAAACAAAAGCUUCAAAUUUUUGCUGCUCUGCAAAAGAAGCUCGGAGUGCUGGUUGGGAUAAUCGCGUGAUGAGUUCAACAAAAACAAACGAAAAGUGUGCAACAAUGCCCCGAAUCUCACACUUCACCUAUAUUCAGUUGGAAUUGAAUAGUUCAUCAGUUAUGAUCAAAGUGAAAGGAAACCACUGUGCCGAAGUUUUUCAACUGUUCAAAGAUCAAAACAAUUCGUGUACAGUAUUAACAAAUACAGAAAAACAUGGAAUGAUUCACGACAACAACUUUAUUGAUACAGCAAUGGCAUAUGUCUUCACAUUAAUUGGCGGCUCUAAGCAUAUAGUUGAUCAGCUCAUUAUUAACCGAUCCCCGAUAAACUAUGGAAUGGAUGUUGAAAAAAUAAGAGAAAAUUCUGUGAUAUUUUACAACGGAAUUUCGUCAAUGCUGGCGCAACUCAAAAAACCUCUUUGUGUAGAGAGCUUAGAGAUACGUGUGUCUUUGGAAAGUAACCUGUUGAGUAUUUUACACGAACUGGAGCAAAGUUUUUUGAGAACAUUGAUAAUAAGUGGAAUUGAUAACUGUAACGCUAUUACUAUAGAAAUGGUUAAAAGUCUUGGUUGUUGGAAGAACUUGAAAUACAUAGAUUCAUCUGGCAUGAUGCUUUUGUCCUGCUCAUUGGCGGAUUUCUAUCAUAUAGAGCACGUCGUUGUUCGAAUACAAAAACCUUCAAAGACCGAAUUUGAAAAUUAUAAAAAAACUAUUAUCCAAAGAACCCAAGCGACGAUAUUGAAUCACUUUUUCCUAUAUGGUCAACUAUGA